AUCUAAAUUUGGUGGUUUAUUUUUAUUAGGAGAAGAACAUGAUGUGCUGAGAAAGGAAGAUUUUGCUAUAGGAUUCAUGAACAAGAUAAUGGAAGAUAAAUUACGAAAAUUCCCGAAGAUAAUUUGUAUGGACGGCACACAUGGAACCAACAAGAGACGGAUGGACUUGACGAUAAUGCUGGUGAAGGAUGAUAGGAAUGCAGGAUUUCCGGUUGCAUUCCUGCUGUCCAACAUAUUGGACCAACAGGUUCAAGAAGUUUUUUUAGAUGCUCUCAAGAAUAAGAUGAAGACUGAAAUUCAAGCAGAACAUUUCAUGAGUGAUGAUGAAAACAAGUAUUAUAAUGCAUGGGUAAAGAUAAUGGGAAAUGAACCAAAUAGGCUUUUGUGCACAUGGCACGUCGUCAAGAAUUGGAACAUUCAAGGGAAGAAGAAAUUUCACCACCCAACUUUAAAGAAAGAAAUGAAAACUGAAUUAAGACAGAUUAUAACAGAAACGGAUUUAGAUACAUUUAAUGAAUUAUGCAGAAACUAUUUAAUAAAACUACAAAAUGCAAAUGAGACAGAGUUUUUCGAUUAUCUGAGAGAGUAUUACUUAAAGGAUCUAAAGAGAAUAAAAAUGUGGGCCCAUUGUUACAGAAGAAAUUCUGGAAUUAACACCAACAUGGCAAUAGAAUCAUUGAACAACCUACUGAAGACAAACUACCUAAAGAGGAAUGGAAGAGUGGGAAUCGAGAAGUUAUUGGAUACGAUUGAUGAGCUAGUGGAGACAAAAAUGUGGAAGAGAAUUGUGGACAUGAAACGACCAAAUGCGAAUAAUUAUCAGGAUAGGACUAUAAUGAAAUCACACAGAGGGGCAGAACGGAACAAAAAGAAAAUGAAGGUUACUAAGAAUGUAGCAGUAUAUGGUCAAUAUCAGGUAACAUCCCUUAAGGAUCCUAGUCUAUUACAAAAUGUAACUUUAAGUCAAGUGUGUGAAAGUGAGUGUAAGCUGUUGUUUUGUAGAGUUUGUAAAAUUUGUAUGCACCGUUAUCAGUGUGACUGUACAGUAUAUGAGGUGAAGAAUACCUUGUGUCAGCAUGUGCACUUGGUAAGAAUGUAUGAGGAGAGUGUGGGUACUAACUCUGUUUUAGAUGAUGCUGCAAGGUGUUUGGGAGAAAGUUCAAUUAUCAAAUCAAACCAUGAGAAGGAAAUUAAUGAAUUUAUCAGAAAGAAACUAGAACAGACAAAUGUGACCCAGGAAAAAACCAAAGGAAGUCUUGAAUUACAAAAUGAAAUAAAAAAUGAAAUGGAAGCCUUAAAAAAUGAAAUGGAAGCCUUAAAAAAUGAAAUGGAAGAUUUAGAUGACACAAGUUUAACAAAAUUACGUGACGAAUUAAGACGAAUUAGGAGAACCAUGCAAGUAACAAAGCUCAAGGCGAAGGAAAACUGUCAAGAAAACGCGAAUAACAUUAUGACAAAGCGAAAAAUGGAGAAGCAGGAGUACUUUCCUUCCAAGAAAAAAAAAUAACUGAUAAACAUUAAAUUUGAUUAACAAAUUUUUGUAGCUAACAUGUAUUUUUUGUUUUAUAACUGUAUCGAAUUUUAUUAUAGUUUUAAAUAAAGCCCUUUUAAUGAAUGCUGUUAUUUGUAGCCUUUUGUAUUAGUGUUAUAUGUAUUUUUAAAUCUGGAUGUACUGGGUCCUAGGCGAGGUUUAGAGGGGUUUUACCUAUGCCAUUGCAUCAAUAAGGCCCCCCUCCUUCCAGAUUUUUAAUAAAAAAUGAAAAAAUUUAAACAGCUA